UGGUUAUGACGUCACAACUAUUAAAAACAAUUCUCGCCAAUGGAAUGGCUCUCUAUCCUCAGUUUCUAUUUGGAGUCCGAAGAAAGUGGUCGUCGACAGUGAUUGAACUUGUGCGGCAGUGAUCAAAAGUGUUUAGACCAUCGAUUUACAAACAAGGCAAGGCAGAAAUGAAUGCCGUAUAUUCAGCCAUCCUGCUCCUCUUGCUCGAUGGGGUGUAUUCAUACAGCAAAUUUGGGAGGAAGUGUGACGACAUAGGAUGUGCCUCAAACGAAGAAUGUGUGAUGGCAAGCAAACCCUGCUCGUAUUUCGACAGGAAAGAUGAGUGCGGAGAAUAUCCAACUUGCAAGAGAGUUGACAACGGUGCAAGGACAUGUAACACUUACGUUUGUCCGCCCUCCAAGGUUUGCAAGAUGGAUGGAGGAAUACCAAAGUGUUUCGAUGAUUCCAGUAAAAUUGGAAAAGUGCCACUUUACGACACAAGCAACCUGAACAAUAAGUACGAGGGACAUGGCGCACAAUCCCAACCGAGUGCUCCUUCCGGAAACUACAAUCCAAGUGCACCAGUAGCUUCCGGAGGUUCGCUGUACCCGAAUAUAGGUGGCGCCAACGGCUACCAAGGUGGCUACAAUAACCCCGGCUACCAACAGCCCGCUGGAGGUGUUCAGAGACCAAUGGGUAAUUAUGGGGGUUACCAGCAACCUUCGAACACCUAUGGAGGCUACCCUUCAUCUGGUAGCUACCCGGGAACGAACAACAACAGGCCAGCUGGAGGAUAUAACCAGCAAGGAGCUGGCGGCUAUUACCCAGGGGGAUAUACUGGUCAAGGUGGAUAUAACAGGCCGCAACAACAACCAGGAGUACCAUCAGGAUAUUACGUAGCGGGGGCGGGUUACCAACAACCAGGAACCAAUAAUGGUUAUGGUUCUUCUAAUAACAGAUACCAAAACACUGGUUAUGGAUAUAAUCAAGGUUAUGGCGCAUACGGAAGCAACGCCGGCUAUGGAAAUAACGGAUACGGAACAAAGGGCAAUACUGGUUCCUCAUUCACCGACUCCCUCAAAGACGCCCUGAAAAAGAUAGGAAUAUUGAUCAUUGUAUCCCACUGUAUCAGCCAAAACUAUUGGAGGUAGAACAGGAAAGAAACAAUGGCGAAAAACAAAGAGCUGUGAUUGUUUUUAAUAUUAGAUAAGAGUUGUUAGUUCGGUAAUUUGUUCGAUAACGUACUUCGAUAAAAAUGAGUAAUGAAUAAAGUCCAUUUUCGUAUUCA